AUGCCUCCUCCAGAUUCCUGCCACAGACCCCAGCCUUCUCUCCACAUCUGGUUUGAGUCUCAGGUCCCGACUGGCCUCCAGGACGAUCUGUUUGAAAUUCCGCUCCUUGUCCGACUUGAAGGGAGAAGUUCCUUAAAAGAAAUAGAACCAUGUCUGUUUGCUGAUGAAGAUUCACCUGUGCAUGGUGAGAUUCUUGAAUUUCAUGGUCCAGAAGGAACAGGAAAAACUGAAAUGCUGUAUCAUUUAACAGCACGAUGUAUACUUCCAAAAUCAGAAGGUGGACUGGAAGUAGAAGUCAUGUUUAUUGAUACAGAUUACCACUUUGAUAUGCUUCGACUUGUCACGAUUCUUGAGCACAGACUGUCCCAAAGUUCUGAAGAAGUAAUAACACACUGCCUUGGAAGAUUGUUUUUGGUGCACUGCAGUAGCAGCACCCAGUUACUUCUCACACUUUACUCACUAGAGACCGUGUUCUGCGGCCACCCCUCCCUGUGCCUUCUGAUCUUGGACAGCCUGUCCGCCUUCUACUGGAUAGACCGUGCCAACGGAGGAGAAAGCGUUAGCGCACAGGAGUCCACGCUGAAGAAGUGUUCUCAUUUCUUAGAGAAAGUCGUGCGUGAGUAUCGCUUGGUUCUCUUUGCCACGACGCAGAGUCUGAUGCAGAAGACCUCGCAUGCGGCGGCCGGGCCUUCCUCCGCCUUCAGCCUCCUGGGCGCCUGCGCUGGCGCUGGCGCUACCGCUGCCGCUGCGGACUUCCGGCCCUACCUCUGCCUGGCAUGGCAGCAGGCGGUGCAGCGCAGAGUGUUCUUCUCCAGAGAUGAUUCGGGACCCAGGAACCAGUUUUCUUUAGUCUCACGUCAUUUAAAAAGUAACAGUUUAAAAAAACAUUCUUUUAUUAUUGGAGAAAGCGGGGUUCAGUUUUGUUGAUACGUAUCGGAAUAGUCUUGUAGGAUAUUAUGUCAGUUUAAAAAGUCUUUAAUAGGCUAAAGUGAUUCGGUUAUGAAAUUUUAAACUAAGGGAAUUGACAAACCAGUAUUUCCACACAAAAUGGAUUUCUUAUGAAGUAGUACAGUAAAACCUCAGAAUAUUCUGUUCCUAGGUCAUUGAAAGUUAAUCAAAGUGACAUUAACAAUUAAACUGUAUAAUAAGCUUGUUUUAAAACUAAAUAAAUAAUAUACAUAUUUCAGCCCAAAUAAAAUAGACUUUUAUAACUUCGCACA